AUGUCUUUUGAUAUUAAUUGGAGUACAUUGGAAUCUGACAAUAGACUGAAUGAUCUUAUAAGAAAACAUUUAAAUUCAUAUUUACAAAAUACGCAACUACCAAGCUACGUAAGUAAUCUUAGGGUACUAGAUUUUGAUCUGGGAAAAGUUGGUCCUGCUAUAACACUGAAAGAAAUAACAGAUCCCCUAGAUGAGUUUUAUGAUUCAAUUAGAGAGGAGGCUGAUCAAGAGACGGAGGAAAAUAAUGACAACAAGGAGGACAGCGAACAUAUUUGUCCUGAUCGUACUAUAGCUAAUCAUGAAGGACCUAAAGAUGAUUUUGAGGCGCCUGUGGUGAUGCCAUCCCCCAACGAUAUACAAUUUUUACUAGAGGUCGAGUACAAGGGUGACUUACUCGUUACGAUUGGUGCCGACCUUGUGCUGAAUUAUCCCGUAGAAAAAUUUAUGACUUUGCCAGUAAAACUUUCUAUCAGUGAUAUCGGUCUCCAUUCCCUUUGCAUUGUUGCAUGUUUAUCAAAGCAACUAUUUCUUAGCUUUCUGUGUGAUGUUAGUGAUCCUGCACUGGAUGACAACCAAACUGUUUUAGAUCCUAAGGGGCCAAUUCUGGCAGCUACUAAGCCAUUGGAGCGAAUAUCCAUUGUGAGAAGUAUGAAGAUUGAAACCGAAAUAGGGGAACAAUAUCAGGGACAGGGCUCAGUAUUAAGAAGUGUUGGAGAACUAGAACAGUUUUUGUUUACGAUAUUCAAAGAUUUUUUAAGAAAGGAGUUAGCAUGGCCAAGUUGGAUUAAUCUGGAUUUCAACGAUGGUGAUGAGUAA